ACUAUUUAUCAUUUCCUCGCAACUCAUGGUUAUUAUUAAUUUAUUAAUUAUUUGUUUUUUUAGUCUUUAACAAAAAAAACACGCUUCAAGCAUUUUUUUUAAAUUUUAAAUUUUAACCAGCUGCAUAAUAUUAAUGCAUUGAGCUAAGUCUUGAAAAUGUAUAAUCAAUAAAUAUUAAUAGCAGUAGAGGAAAAAAACCGAUUUAUCGAUUCCCGAUCAAAUAAUAUACAUACACACGUCACGCGCAUUGCUUGGAGAGGAGCUUUACGGUCAAAAUGAAAACGUCGAUUGCAUCUGAAAUGUGUACGUUGUCCUGCGCAUUAAUCAUAUGCACUUUAGUGUCAACUGCUAGAACUACCAAUACGAAUACUGAUGAUUCAAAUGAAAAAACUCUAGAACCAUUCGAUAGGUGGGAAACGACGACAGAAGAACCCUAUGAUGAUUGGAUUGAGCUGCCAAGUACAACUCCCAUUGCGAACGGAAAAUACGGUUCAAAGCCUAGUCUGAGUACGCCGCCUGUUCCGGAUCUAAAUGACUCCCCGUAUCCAGACGAAUUCGUGACAGAUAACUCCAUCGAUAGUUCAACAAAACCGGGAAACGAUUACAUUCCAUCAGACAAGAAGAACAGUUAUACCACUGAGCCGAUACCAACAACAAAUGGCACUCAGUUACUUGCGGAACCACCUACGAGGACACAGCCGCUAACUACAACUCCCAUUGCGAACGGGAGAUACAGUUCGACAACGACUUCGAGUACGCCUUCUGGUACAAAUUUGAACGACAAAAUGCAAGAUGACGAAGCCAACGUAAGUCUCCCGUAUGACGUCAUCGACAAUUCGCAAACACCGGAAAACAAUAAGUACAGUUCCACAGAACCUAGUCAGACGAACGACCACACUCAGAUAACACUAAAGGAACCACCUACAAGAAUGACGUCGACUGCCAGAACCACGACUACUGAUGAUCCAAAUGUAACCAAAUCCGAUUCGACAGACGAUGAUACAUUUGAAGAUUGGACCUCGGUACAACUACCAAGUACAACUUUCACUGCAAUUCUGAAAGACGAAUCAACAACGACUCCGGGCACGCCAUCUGUUACGGAUCUGGACGUCGAACCCCAGCAGGACGUCAUCGGAAAUUCGACAAGUCAGGCAGAACCGAAAAGCGGUUACAAUGUGUCACACAAAAAGCACAAUUCCACAAAAUCGAUACCGGAAAAUGACGACACGCGGUCAAGACCUAAGAAAAGGAAAACGAAGUGGUCUAACUGGACUCCCUUCCCUUUUAUUUGGAUCACAACGACACGACCUACGAGUUAUUAUGGGACUACAGAAUGGAUUAAACCAACCACGAAUUGCAAAUGCGCCUUUAACAAACAACAUUCAAGACGCUGCAAGAAAAAUGAAAAGGAAACCACGACGACCAAAGUUUGGGGGCGAUUAGCAGAAUACGAACGAUUGGAUCAACAACGACACAUGAGUGAAACGACGACGGACAAUGUUCAGGGACAAUUAGAAAAAUGGAAAAUACAACAGAAAGUAUUGGAAAUGGAAUCUACUAGACUCAACACCAUUUUGGAUAUACUCAACAGUCACUAAUAGGACUUGGUCUUGCAGGUCCGAGAAGGCAUUGCUACCAUAGAUACAGCGAAUAUAAGUCUUAUCCAUUUGUCAUAGUAAUGUAUUACAGUAGGCACAGUCACACAGGAUAGUUGUAUUAUUUUAAAUAAAGACAAAAAUGUCCUAAUAUUA